AUUAUUUCCCUUCUAAAACUGUGAAUCUGACGGAAUCGAGGUCGUUUCAUUCUAUGAAUGGUGGCAUAAUGUCUGCCUCCCCAUCGUGGAUUUCAUCGAUUCGUUCUGUGUGGUGGCGUUUUCAGUGAUCUUGCUCUCCUGUGGAUUAUUUCAAGUUAUCCUGCAAGUUUUCUACCGGAUUAUUCCUGCUGUACAUGUUCUUCUGGAUUUAUCUUCUGUGUGUGGCGUCGAUCCGCUAUGUCGUAAAUGACCAGAGUUGUCAGUCUUCCUGCAAUGCACAGCCAUAGCCCGUUCGCCAUUUCUGGGUAUCCAUUCACGGCUGGAUGCGUACCUCCCCGCGAGUUUUCGGAAGCGUGCACUCUCUUUCUUUAUCCUGAUCGGUGUCUUUUUUCGGCAACACAUAUUUCGGAAGUUUUGUUCAUUGAAGGAUUUAGCAAAGUAUCUAGUGCCCAGUUUCAUAUUCAUUAAUUUGGUGGACCCAACCCACCCAUCAAUAUGCUCAAUUGAAACGUGGAGGCAAACCAUUUCCGCGCCCUUAACUCAAUUCAACGUGUUUUGCUUCUUUCUGAAGAAUCGCGUGUUCUAUUUCUCCGUGGCAUUUCAUAUAUCUUGCAAAAUGGCGUCGAUUUUUUGUGUUUUCAAUAAUUCAUCCCCUCUGCUCACCUGCACAUAUGGUUGUUCCUCUCAGUAAAUCUAAAUCCAUCAUUAGUGCUUUUUUCGGUUAUCCAUUUUCGUGCUGUCCCCGUAUGAAUAUUUGGUUUGGUGAAUAAAUGUGAAAAAAGUCCAGUGCUCAAUGGUCAAUACCUCCUCUCCGUUCAAAGUGUCCAAUGUGUGCUUUUUUCUCUGUUAGUGUCUGUACCGUGGCUUACCGAAGGAUUACCCACUGAAGGAUUACUCCCCUACAUAUUUUUUAUCCUCUUAGUUUCUGGCAGAUCACUAAGUGCCAUGAGUGCAUUCUGUAUCUUAAACUGAACCAACUAAUGUGGCAAGAUCUUUAGUUCUUAGCUGUCACCUCUCGCUCAUUGCAUAAUUUUAGCAUCUUGGCAUUUACACACGCAAUGAUGUCUCCAUCACCAAAGCAUACUGUGAGCAUACCCCUCAGAUCGGCCAAACCGAUGGAUGAGAGGCCAAAUUGGAGUGUCGGUCAUGUGAACUUUUGCCGCGAAGCAGACAGGCUUCGUUCGUUUGAAAACUGGCCUGUGUCAUUCAUGGAUCCCAGUCAGCUGGCCUCCGCAGGAUUCUACUAUCUGAAUCAAAACAAUGACACUGUACGGUGUGCGUUUUGUGGAGUAGAAGUAGGUUGCUGGGUGCGAGGCGAUGACCCCAUGUUUGAUCAUCGAAUGUGGUCUCCCAAUUGUAAAUUUGUCAAGAAACUACCUUGUGGAAAUGUUCCGCUGGAUCCAUCAAAUGAAACCCCAGCGACCACUGAAGCUGGUAUUGCUUGCCAUUACCUAGAUUUGUGUGCCCCUGUAGCAUCAUUUUCAACCGUGGUUCCAAUCGUUGAUGACCCCAUGUUCUGGAAAAAAUUGUGGAAGUCUCUACAAUAUCAAGAAUAUCGUUCUUACUUCAGUUCGUGGACAAGUGGUUAUGACACGUGCGGGAACUAUGGAAUCGAAAUCAGACAACAAGCAAAUAGCACGAAUUCAUCAUCAACUUCCAACGAUGUUCCUUGUUUAGAAAAAUUAAGUGUACAAAUGAACAAACAGCCUGACUUCCCCAACUACGCUACGUAUGAAGCUAGGAUGAAAUCAUAUCGUCACUGGCCAAUUUCUUUGAAAUUAAAACCGAAUGUGUUAACAGAAGCUGGUUUGUUCUAUUUAGGUCGAGGUGAUCAAGUUAUGUGCUUUCACUGUGGUUUAGGAUUAAAAGAUUGGGAAGACGGUGAUGACCCCUGGGUUGAACACGCCAGGUGGUCCUCCAGGUGUAAUUAUGUACGAUUAAUCAAAGGAAAAGAAUUCAUAGAUGAAGUCUGCGGGAAAGAGAAGCAGCAACCUGUCAUCUCCUCAGAGGAUGUGAAAAAUGUAAUAGCAUCUCAUAGUGAUAUUCUCAGUCCAGCAAGCUCAAGAGAUGUCUCGGAAUCAUCUCAGUCCUCUGAAUCAAGUAGUAAAUCAACUGUCUCCAAAUCAAGUACAGAGCCAUUGAAAUCAGAAGCGUCAACUUCAGAAACAAAAACUAGUGAAGAUAGAUUAUGCAAAAUUUGUUACACUGAAGAAAUGGGUGUGGCAUUCCUUCCUUGUGGUCACAUCGUGGCAUGUGUGAAAUGCACCCCAUCUCUAACGACAUGUGCUGUGUGUCGGACACCCUUCCUAGCCACUGCUCGAGUGUAUUUAUCUUAAAUCUUCCCCUUCGUUAAUCGUUAAAAUCUGAAAGAAAUUUUUUUUUAUUAUUAUUUUGCAAAUGAACAUGAAGUAAAGAUAUUUCCUGAUUUAUUGGUCUUGGAUUUUAUCUAAGUUGUCACACCCAUUUUUGUGACUGUACGGUUCACCAUCUCAAUCCAUACAGGGCCAUUCUAUAUACUCCAUUGACCUACCCAAAACUACAAGAUUAGUCAAUAUGUCCACUUCAAUAGCCUUGUAAGUAAAAUUUGAUGAAAGUGUGCCGCAUCAACAUAAGUAUAGUUAAAUUUCAUAAAUAUGAGCAAUAUCGCUAACUUUAAUAUUUAUUAUAUUUUAUCUCUAAUUCAUAUUUUUAAAUGUUACUAUUAUUCGAGCUUUACCAUCACACGGCUAUUCGGUACUUUUACUUCAUGUUCAUUUUCUAAUAUUGGUUAAAGUAACCACUUUAUAAACUGCACUUUAACCUAUAUGCCUCUUUUCUAGUACUACUAUAUUUGUAGUCAUUACCUCAUUCCUGAUUAGAGGUAAACACUUAGGCCAACCAAUUUAACUUCAUUUCAAAUGAAUAAUCUCUAUGAAAUGAGUAUUUUGAAAUAGCAAAUCGCUAUCUAACAAUCCCUGUGAAUCUGCAAAUAUAGUAUUUACAAGAUAUUUCCAGAAUUGUCAAUAUCACCCCUGAAAUGAUAGGGUUUUAAUUUUCUACUAACUCUGUAAAAAUCAUGGGUUAGCUAAGCAUUAUGUCAUUACAGCUUGAUAAUGUCGUGCGUUCGAGCUUCUCUCUGAAGUAAGUGGUAUUAGGAUUUGCUCCAUAUUCAUAUGUUAAUGCAUUGACUGUCUCUUCGGCAUCUCAAGUGCGGCAUCAAUUUGGUCUCAUUUUACUGACAUCAUAUUGUAAUCCUCCGGAUCUUAAAAGUGUAGAAGUAAAAAAUUCGUAUUGAAUCUAUGACUCAGAAGCCUAGUAAUGAAUGAGCAUGCAUCAAUGCCAGACUGAGAUUAUCCAUGCCUUGGCAGUCGAAGCGUUACAUCAUGAUGAUUAUGAAGCAAUAAAGAAGGCAACUUGAUAGUGAGGUAAAAUCUUAUGUAGCUUCACUGAUCUCUGAUUUUGAUAGCUUUCUUGCUUAUCUCUCCUUAAGCAACUGACGAUAUGUUUUAACUUCUUUUGUUGAUUGUCUUGUUAUUUCUCUAGUCAACUGUAAAGGUUAUGGAUUGUAUAAAAAAAAUCUAAUGUAAGAACAGUUAUCAGCAUAUUCUGCUGUGCCUACAUACAUAUUGUAGUACACUCCAAUUUUACUCUAUCAUGAACUCUCAUCUCUCUCCAUGUUCAUUUGAACCAAAGUUUCUUAUCGAAACUUUCAGUCUCAUCAGGGUACUAUAUCUUGAUCACCACUCAAAUUUGCUGUUUGUAUGUGGUUGGCUUUAAUAUAGAAACCUUAAAUGAAAGAGAUGUAAGUUAUAUCGGCGAGCAAAUAAGUUUUUUUUGCUUUCGCCCUCCAUUCAAAGCUGUGAGAAAGUCUCAGUUGCUCUUUCCUAUAGAAAAUGUUAAAGUACAUCUACCGUGUCUGUAUUUAAAUUUGUAUUGUCAUUCAUUUUGGUGAAGGAGCAGCAAUCAAUGUACCUAUGCACUAUAAUCCUGCGAUUAUAAUGACUCCAGAAUCAAAUAACCAGUUGUACACCUGUCAGGGUUCUCUUCGAAUAUUCACACCUAUUCAUCUUGUAAUAUUAUUUAUUUUCUCCCCCCCCCCCUUAAUUUCCUGUGUUUUCACACCUGUGUGGGCCGAAUCAUAUGCUUUGACGUAAAACUUGUAAAAAUUUGUCUGCCCACUUUCCUUACGUGUUAUUUCUCAAAGAGUUUUAUUUUUUUAGUUAUCUGUUUUUUUCUUUUCUUUUUUUCUUUUGUUGUAUUUGAAUUUUUGAUUUGAAUAUCUGUAAUCAUAAAUUUAUAAGAGCACAUAAAAUGUUUCCUAAUAAAAGAAGGUAUAACUAUUAUAUCCUUCAAUAAUUUCUGUCCUUAGGUGUGAAAGUUUAAAAUCUGGGAUAUCGUAACUAUGAAGGCGAUUCUAAAGCCUAGAUAAUUUGAAGACGAGGGCAGUUAUUUUACAAGCCAGUUUCUGUGAAGACGACCUUAUAAGAGCACUUUCUAUGUUUCCUAUUAUUCAAUCUUCCGAUUGUAGUCUCUCUGUCCUUGUGUAAAUUAUGCACCAAGCAUACUAUAUUGAAAAUAUGGUCAUCAUUUGAAACCAAGGGCAAAAUGAAAUUUUUAAGUUCAACAUUGCGUACUUCCUGAAGAAUUAGACGAUUUCUCCCCUUUAAAGUGAGAAUCAUUAACAUUUUUUUAUCGGUAAGCCUCUUAGUGAAAGAACUGUCUCAGAAUAUCUAUUUAUUCAAUGUCAUCUUGCAAUUUGCAAGUCUAUUCAACUUUAGUGUCUGUAAAGAGUUUGCAAAAGUGUUAACCUCUUCUGCUAAAUCCAAGUAAUUCACUCAGCUAUUAUGUAAAAAGCAAACAUGCCUGUAAGUUAAUCUAAUUUAUGUUAACACUUUUCUUGACACAAUCCUCAAUAUUUUUUCUCCAGAUUAAAAGUUUACAGUUGCAUUAAAGUACAAAAAAGAAUUGGAUCAAAGUCAAAAUAAUUUUUUAUUUGCUGAAGUGAUCUGGAUGUUGUAAGUAGGAAACUGUAAAUAAUAUCAAGUCAUGUAAUUUUAUUGUGAAUACUUUAGCUUUUAAAUAAUUUCAAAAGAGAUGAGAAAAUAAAUCAAACUCAUCUUUAAA